AUGUCUUCCUCAUCUUUGUCUGUCGCGCCUUUCUCUAAGCUGUGGCCAUUCCCUUUCCAAAAAAGCGCUCACACCUAUCAGUACCAUACCAGAAUGGCUACCUCCAAGAGCAACCCACUCCGAAUCGGAGUUCUGAUCAGCGGCUGGGUGCAACUCCUAGACCUCGCCGUAAUUGACCUCUUUGCCAUAAUGUCCCCCGGAUAUAUCAAAACCUGCAAUCUCCCACAGUCUAUCGUCGACCUAGCCGUACCUUUAAAAAUCCACUAUAUCGGCGCGUCAUCGGCGCCUGCAAACCUAUCUGCGAAUGUGUCCAUCAAUCUCACUGACACCGUCUCUUCUCCCUCCGUAUCCCCGGGAAAUCUAGACAUUCUCAUGAUUCCAGGCCCGGAUCCGAACCAGGUCCCCUCUGACGACCUCAAGACGUUUGUCCGACAGCAUCACGAUGUCGGAACCACGAUCCUUAGCAUAUGCACUGGCUGUAUAGUAGCGGCACAUGCGGGUAUUCUCAACGGCAAAAGGGCCACUGGGCCUAGGAUUAUGAUUCCAGGACUGCGCGAACAAUUUCCAAAGGUGAAAGAGUGGGAUGGUUCGUGCAGGUUUGUCAAGGAUGGGAAUGUUUGGAGCAGUGGGAGCAUAACCAAUGGAUUUGACCUUGCCAUCGCAUAUUUGCGCGAAAAUUAUCCCGCACCCCUUGUGGACGUGGUAUGUGACCUGUCUGAAGUCGCAGACAGGCCAUCUGAAUAUGUUUCGGGCCUGAGAUCAGAAUUUUUUGGAAAGUUAUGAACAUUUUACCGUUGUUCUAACUUGAUAAGAAAAGGUGAAAUGCCUAAAGAAAAUAAUUGUUCUUAGGACUCAAGCAAAAAAAAAGUGGUUCAUGGAUAUAA